GUCGCGAGGUCCGACACGACGCGGGGUGGAAAGUGAAAAGCUGCGUGCGCGGCAUGGCUGGGAAACAGUCGUAUGACCUUGCCUGCAGCAACGGAACUCCAGCAGAAGCGGAAGUGGACAACCAAACGGAACCUGAGGAUGACACCACCACGGUGGGCAGUGGGCAUCACAUCGAGUACAUUCCUGCAACGCGGAGGCUCAUGGAGAGGAUGAAUCAGAUUCUAGGCGAAGAGAAUACAAAGAAAUGCAUGGCCGACUACCUGAUCUGCGGGGGCACCGGCUACGUGCCCGAGGACGGGCUCACCGGCGCCCAGCUCUUCGCCAACGGCGAUGGAUUGACCUACAAUGAUUUCAUCAUUCUGCCCGGCUUCAUCGACUUCAGUGCAGACGAAGUGCCGGCGGAUUCGAAAGCCAGCAGGUUGCGGUCGCAGGCAAUAAAAGAACCAAAAAUCUCGUCCCCCUGCACCGAGCAGACUUGCCCCUUGUUUAUGAGCCACCACGAGGACCUGACGUCAGCGUUGACCAAGAAAAUAACGUUGAAGGCGCCCCUGGUGUCCUCGCCCAUGGACACCGUGACUGAGUCUGAAAUGGCCAUCGCUAUGGCUUUGUGCGGCGGAAUCGGCAUCAUUCAUCACAACUGCACCGGCGAGUACCAAGCCAAUGAGGUCAUGAAGGUGAAGAAGUACAAGCAUGGAUUCAUCAGAGACCCUGUUGUCCUCAGCCCAAACCACACGAUUUUAGAUGUGCUGGCCGUAAAGAAGAUUCACGGAUUCUGCGGCAUUCCCAUCACUGAAAAUGGAAAAUUAGGCGGUAAACUGUGCGGUAUCGUUACUUCGCGAGAUAUCGACUUCCUCGAAGAAAACCCUAACCCGAAUCUCAAGCUGGAGGCGGUGAUGACCAAGUCUGAAAACCUGGUCACCGCGCGCUCCGGCGUCACUCUGGAAGAGGCAAACAGCAUCCUGGAGAAGUCCAAGAAAGGCAAGUUGCCCAUCGUGAACGACGCCGGCGAAUUGGUUGCCUUAAUCGCGAGGACGGAUUUGAAGAAGUCCAGGAGCUACCCUAGCGCGUCCAAGGACGAAAACAAGCAGCUGUUGGUCGGAGCCGCUAUCGGCACCAGGGAGGACGACAGGAACAGACUGCAGCUUCUCGCCUCUGCUGGGGUCGACGUUGUUGUUCUUGAUUCUUCUCAAGGCAACUCUGUCUAUCAAAUCGAUAUGAUUCGUUACAUUAAAGUGAACUUCCCGAAUCUCCAAGUUGUUGGUGGAAAUGUUGUCACUGCCGCCCAAGCCAAGAACCUGAUCGACGCGGGAGUGGAUGGCCUGCGUGUCGGCAUGGGCAGCGGUUCCAUUUGCAUCACGCAAGAAGUGAUGGCCGUCGGCCGCCCUCAGGGAACAGCUGUUUAUAAGGUUGCUGAAUACGCGCGUCGCUUCGGUGUGCCUGUCAUUGCCGACGGAGGCAUCCAGUCUGUUGGACACAUAAUCAAAGGACUGGCUCUUGGAGCGUCAACUGUCAUGAUGGGCUCUCUGCUGGCUGGAACGUCCGAGGCUCCUGGCGAGUAUUUCUUCUCGGAUGGCGUUCGUCUGAAGAAAUACCGCGGCAUGGGAAGUCUGGAGGCGAUGGACCGAAAGGACGCCAAGGGCGGUGCCAUGGACAGAUACUUCCACAAUGAAAUGGACAAACUGAAGGUGGCCCAGGGAGUGAGCGGCUCUAUUGUUGACAAGGGCUCUGUGCUGCAGUUCCUCCCUUACCUCCAGUGCGGCGUUCGCCACGGCUGCCAAGACAUCGGUGCGCGAAGUCUCUCUAUUUUGAGGUCUAUGAUGUACUCUGGCGAGCUGAAAUUUGAGCGUCGAACUCAGUCUGCUCAGAUGGAAGGUGGAGUCCACGGCCUGUUCUCCUACGAGAAGAGGCUUUACUGAUGCAACCAGAACUCAGCGAAACUGACCAGCGUCGGCGAGACUACAGCAAAGAAAAUCAAACAGUUUCCACUUUGCUAGAGCGCCGGUGAGCGGUUUUGCUGAUGUUCGACACUACUCACUCAAUCUGCAACUCACUUGCCACUUGCCCUGCGCACAAUGUUUGUGUGAAAUCGAGAGCAACUUUGAAUUUUGAAACAGAACGGGACCAUUCUGACGGAAAAAGAAGAGUGCGAACCCAUUUUUGCGUACUUACAGAGCAAUUAUUAUGAAAUUAUCCAUGUGAUGGUGCGUAAUUAAACUACGAUAUUAUUAUAUAUUUCCAGCGGAAAUGGAUAUAUUUCACGUGCAAAAAAUGCAAAUUACGGUGAUGAUCGUUACUUUUAGUCUGGUUUUCUUUUGUAAUCAUGAAAUUUUGUUUGCAAAAUCUAUUAUUUGCCGCAUUUGCAGUUUUAAUUUUAUUUUCCGAUUCAAAUUGAAACAUUUUUUGAUUCUGUAAUAGUGCAAUAAUCAUAAAUAUAUAUAUUUUCUUCGGUGUUCACCUUAUAAAAAUCACGUACUUAAGUAUUUUAAAAUUAAUUUGAACUUAUAAUAAUAUGUUGUAGCGUCCUGUCAAUAUAAUAGUUGUGAUUUUCAAACUUGUGCUUAUAACCUCAAACUAGGUGCCAAAUGGUGAGUAAAAACUGUAAAGACAACAUUCCCUGAUUGAUCAACCAGUGACUUGAAAUAAUAUAUAAUUAUAUGUGACUUCUAAUCACGAUUCAUUGGUGUUUUUGUUUUUCUAAAAUUUUUGUUCGUAUGCAAAGCCUUCAUUUUUGACUCAUUAGGAAUCUGAAAUGGAAAUAAUCGUUUAUAUUUUUGCAAUCCAAAUUAUAAAGGUGAUGUUAGUUUGCUAUAUCCACGUCGAAAUUAUUAAAAAACCGGAUGUAAAUUGCUACAAAGAUAAAUAAAGUACCAUUAAUUACUUUAAACAA